GGAAAGCCAGUUUGGCUCUUCAGUGCACGCCGGAGUUCCCAUAGCAACAGCAGCAGCAACAGCAGACAGUGUGUGUGUAUGUGUGCAUAAAGGAGGAAGUAGGUGCCCAGAUCUCCAGGGCUGAAGCGGAGAGAUGGGAGGUCCGCCUGACACACGACCAUCAGGAUCAGGGCUGUGAAGAGACCCUGCCCUAUGCACACUGCUCACACAUACUUAGGGCUAGUGCAACAUGGCGGGCCAACUUUUUCACAUCUAUAGGCACGUUUGCACUCUCAACGACCUGUGUGCUGAUAACAUGAUGGUGAUCCUCGUGCAAGUCAACCCUGGAGAGACCUUCACCAUUAGAGCGGAGGACGGUUCUCUUCAAUGCAUUCAAGGGCCUGCAGAAGUUCCAAUGAUGUCACCCAAUGGAUCCAUCCCACCCAUCCAUGUGCCUCCCGGCUACAUCUCCCAGGUGCUGGAAGACAACACAGGGGUCCGGAGAGUGGUGGUCACCCCUCAGUCUCCAGAAUGUUAUCCUCCCAGCUUUUCCCCAGCCAUCUCUCCCACACAUCACUUACCUCCAUACAUGGCUCCCCCACCCUUUAUCCCCAACUCACACACAGCCUUCUACCCACCCAUCAGCCCUGGGGACAUUCCACCCCAUCAGUACUACCAGCAUCACAUCCCACCAAUGUACAAUGAAGAGAUAAUUCCCUUGUAUGGGAUGAACUACAUUGGGCGGGAUGAGCAGUACAAACCAGCACCGAAAAAGAUGAAGGACAGAUUGGAGCGGCAGAAUCGUCUCAACAGCCCUCCCUCUAUCUAUAAGAGCAACAUGGGCUGCAACAACGUGUACAAUGGCUACGGCAAGAUCCAUGGAAGUAUUGGAGGCGGUGGAGGGGGAAGCAGUCCUGGGGCUAAAAAAACAGUCCGUGGACCUCGGAGUAGCCCCAGGUCCAGCGAGCCAGACUUACAGGAUCAUGAUUCAGAAGCAAAGAGAGUUCAAGAUAUUCUGUCAGGAAUGGAAAAACCACAGGUUUUUAAUAUUCAGGCCCGGACAGCCAGGCUGACCUGGGCUCCACCAGCAGGCCUCCAGAACAGAGACCGACACAGUAACGGACAUCCCUUCACCUGCAGCUAUGAGGUCACUCUCUCAGACAAGGGCCGGAAUGGCCAGUACCGUGUCAUCUAUAGUGGAGAGGAGUUGGAAUGCAAUUUAAACGAUCUUCGACCAGCAACAGAUUACCAUGUCAGAGUGAACGCCAUGUGCAAUUCAGUGAAAGGCUCAUGUUCAGAAGUGGGGGCCUUCACUACCCACAGCAGUUCCCCAGACUGCCCAAUGCCCCCUAAACUAUCCCAUCGCACGAAGAGCACGCUCACACUGCAGUGGAAGGCACCAGUUGAUAAUGGAUCAAAAAUCACCAGUUACCUUUUAGAGUGGGACGAGGGCAAAAAGAACAACGUUUUCAGAGAAUGUUACUUUGGAAGCCAAAGGCACUACAAACUCACUCGCCUGUGUCCAGCCAUGGCCUACACGUUUCGGGUGGCGGCACUCAACGACAUCGGAAUGAGUGGCUUUAGUCCUGAGGUGGUGUUCUACACAACUGGAAGUCUGCCCCACCUGCCCCACGCUCCUCGGCUGGUGCGUGCUGGCAUCACAUGGAUCACGCUGGAGUGGAGCCGGCCGGAUGGCUGCACUGCUGAGGAAACAGUCACAUAUACGCUGGAGAUCCAGGAGGAGAACAUUGGAACAGAGUUUUACCCAAAGUACACUGGAGAAAACUUGACAUGUACUGUAGAGGGCCUGAAGAGAAGCACACAGUAUAAAUUCAGGCUUAUAGCCUCUAACUUGGAGGGCAGGAGCAGUGCCAGUGAAGUGCUGGUUUGUAAAACUAGUCCAGACAAACCCGGACCCCCCUCCAGACCCUGCAUCAAGGGCCCUGUUAGACCCUACAGCUUCAGUGUCAAAUGGGAUCCUCCACAAGACAAUGGAGGUUCAGAAAUCUUAAAAUACCUCUUGGAGAUUUCAGAAGGAAAUUCUGAUGCUAACCAGUGGGACAUUGCAUACAGUGGCCCUGCCACAGAGUGUGAGUGUGAGAACUUGAAACCUGGCACUUUGUACAGUCUGCGCACCUGUAGCAUCAGCACAGGCGGCCACAGCCAGUGCUCAGAGAGUCUGCCUGUGCGUACACUGUCUGUAGCUCCAGGACGCUGCCAGCCUCCCAGGACUGUGGGUAAACCCAAACACAAAGAAGUGCACUUACAAUGGGACUGUCCCUCCUCUGAGGGGGCAUGUGAGGUGAGUGAGUACAGUUUGGAAAUGAGGGAGGGUGAGUCAGAGCCAGCUGAGGUCUAUCACGGCUCUGAUCUGGAGUGCACCGUGGGCAGUCUGCUCCCUGGAGCCACCUACAGCUUCCGCGUGCGUGCUACCAAUGAAGCAGGGUACGGACAAUUCUCUGAACCAACAGAAGUAACAACUGCAGCUGGUCCUCCUAGCCAAUGUGCGGCGCCAUCUCUCACCUUGAUGUCCAAUACCUGUGUGCUGGUCAGCUGGGAGAGUCCAGAGAUUUCAGGAGCCGACAUCUCUGAGUACCGUCUGGAGUGGGGCAGAGAGGAGGAGCCCAUGGGACUGAUCUACAGUGGCCCUGAUACACAGUGUGAGAUCUCAGACCUCACACCAGCCACUCAUUACUACUGCAGACUACAGGCGGCAAAUCAGGCAGGUGCAGGCCCAUACAGCGAGCAGGUGUGCUGUCAAACCCCCGCCUCCGUGCCCGACCCAGUCUCAGUAUUCUAUGUACUUGAGCACGACCCCACAGACAGCGGCGUUUACUCUCCUUCCACGUGCCUGGCUUUGAAAUGGGAUGAACCCUGCAGCAAUGGAGCAGAGAUCACCUCUUACGUUCUCAAACUGGGAGAGGAACUCAUCAGCCUGGGAAAGAGCACCUGCCAUCUGCUGCAGAACCUACAGCUUGACAGUGACUACAGUCUGCAGAUUCAGGCAGUGAAUGAGAUUGGUGCUGGUCCCCUGUGCUCUCCCCUGCUAGCUCGCACCCGGCCGCUGCCCCCUGUCCCUCCCAGACUGGAGUGCACUGCCGCUGGACCCCAGAGCCUCAAACUGAAAUGGGGAGACAACAGCAAUGCCAGGAGCCUACUUGGAGACGAGAUGAUCUACAAUCUGCAGAUGGAGGACAAGAACAGAAGGUUUUUCACAAUCUACAGAGGCCCAAGCCACACAUAUAAGGUACAGAGACUAAAUGAAUCGAGCAGCUACUGUAUCAGGAUUCAAGCUGUGAGCGAGGCAGGAGAGGGCCCUUUCUCUGAAGUACACACUUUCCAUACCACCAAGUCUGUGCCUCCAGCACUCAAGGCCCCCAAAGUGGUACAGUUGGAAGGGAAUGUGUGUGAGGUCAGUUGGGAGAGCAUUCCACCAAUGAGAGGAGACCCCAUUAGCUACAUCCUACAGGUGUUGGUGGCCAGAGAGUCUGAAUACAAACAGUUGUAUAAGGGAGAGGACACCACCUUCCAGAUCUCGGGCCUGCAGAAUAACACAGACUAUCGGUUCCGUGUUUAUGUGUGUCGCCGUUGCCAUGACAGCACUCAGGAGCUGUGUGGACCCCUCAGCCCAUCCUCGCACUUCACACUGCGCCGUACAGAGCUUGCCCUACCCGGAGAUCUCAGCUCCAUGGAGACAAGCAAGCCCACCGGCAUGUUUGCCACAGACGAACGCUUUGCGGCGGUCUUAGUCGGGGCUUUUGCAGCCCUUUCCUUCCUCAUCGCUUUUGUGGUGGAAAUUUUCUUCAUGAAAUGAGAUAUUAAUAAAUAAAUAAAAACAGAUACAGCAGCCAGCCAAGAAAGAAAACAUUUACAUUUGAGUGACACACACAAUCACUAAGGUAUACAUCUGAUGCAACGUACUGUAGUCUGAGUAUGUAUACAGGCUCUCUUUCUUGUCUUUUGGUCUAAUUUUGUAUCCUCUCUCUCAGUUUCUCUGUCUUUACAAUGCCUUCUCCAUGCUGCCUGUACAAUCGCUGUUUCACACACUCUUUUACAGUGUGUGAAUUUUUCUCGGUGGAAGCCUGAACUCUUUGCCGCACAUUGGGGAAGCAAAAUCACAUUAUCGAGCCUUACAAAGAUUUGUGCGAUAGCCUGUUUUGCAUGCUUACAUUGUACAUUGAAUCCCUUUAAGUGUACGUAUAUGUUUGAAGGAAAAUGUAUUAUAUUUUCUCCACAUUUAUGGCCUUUCUUUGUUGUAUCCAAGUGUGCUUCAUGGCAUUUGUUUCACAGCCAUAUACAAGUUGUUGGAAUCAUAGCUUUAUCAUGAUACACGUGGUAAUAUCCUGAUAUUUAGUACAACAGCAUGAUUGCGAGUGCGAUAUUGCUGUUAUACAACAGUUCUAUAAACAAAGUAACAGUAUAGAGUAACUUGCAUUUGAGACACAACAUGGCCUGUUAAUAUGGUUUGUCUAUAUUCACAAACAGUGAAGCAUCCCUGUUAUACUAAAUAUCAGCACCCUUGGAGCGUCGCUUGUCCAAUCAGAUUCGAGGACCGGAACUAACUGUUGUAUAAAUAGUAACAUCCCUCAAUCAGAUUUCAUUCAGUCCACUUUUUGUAUAAUAAUGUGAUAUUCACAUGUAUUGUACUUCACAGUACACAUCAACACAAUAGAAACACUUAAAACUGUUACCGUAUUAAGGCUGGUGUAAAGCCCCCUUAAGCAUUAAGCUGCCAAAGUAAAUUGCAAUCCAAGUGUGGUUUAAGUGAUGCUGCUAUUGUUUGUUUGUUUUUCCUAAGAACGGAAUCAGUUACCUAAUAUAUAUAGAUAUAAAUAUAAGUCUAUAAAAUUCUAUAGAGGUAUUGUAAUAUAAAAUAACAAUGAGUUUGAAGUAGAUAUCUCUUUCGGAGCGUGUCAGUUCACAAUAAAUGGUGCUUUGUAAAUCUGUGGUCAGUAGUGGUGGCGAUUGAGGGUAAGGGAGUUUAAUGUGCCCUUUGCCACUACACACCCUCCCGGUAAAGAGAAUGGGUCGCUUUUUGGAUGCUGUAUCGUCUCGACCCUGACUGGUCAUUUAGUCUUGGGGUGUCUGUCCUAAGGUGUAGGCUGCAUGCAUGAGCAUGUCACACAGGGCUACUUCCUUGCCUUCCUGCCCCCUCAACGAUGUGGCUAGGCUAAUGUCGCCUUCUUAGUUGACUGAUUCUUGGGCUCUGUAUGGUGUCUGUAGAUCCAGGGACUGGCUGAUGGCAAGUCACAAUAGCCAGUGUGUACAGUAGCUGUGAAACCAACAUUGCCUGCUUUUCUGAUGUUCACUCUGUGAAUUGCGUUCGUAACCAUUUCGCCUCACAACUUCACCCUCUGUUUUUUUUUUAUCUGUACUGCCCUACAAAGACAGGAUGCAGUAACUACAUUAGCACAGAAAUUGAGAACAAUUGCUUCGAAGUUUAUAUAGUGUUGAUUGUAUAGUUUAUAGAUCAUUUUCUCAUAAUAUUUUCUCUGAAUCUGAGCAUAGUUGAGCCAAAUCUGUAUGUCACAGGACAGAUCACAGUCUAAGAGGCCGUUCUGACUGAACACGUUCUUGCGCUAAAAGAGCUAGAUGUGGAGCAGUGCAGUGAAUAGAAAAGAACAAGGGUAUCUCGUGGCCCAUUGUUAAAAGUUGACUUGACGCAGCAUCUAAACGCAGCACUACUGCGUGAGAUUUUUUUUUUAAAGAGCUGCGCCGCAAUGGUAAAAAAUGUCCAUCCAGUGGAUUUUUACAUAGAAAUGAAUAAAAAAACAGCACAUAUGGAUCUAAAAAUGUGUUCUGUGUUGGCGGCUAUGGCCACAUUUACACUGUCAACCUAUUCUGAUGUUUUGUUUGCGGAUAUCUGGGAUAUGCAAGUAUAGGUCUCUGCAGAACAAAAAUAGGUGUUUUCCAAUCUGUGGACAUUUUCAAACCGGGAUGGGCAUUUCUAAACUAUCCAAUGAAAGUAUGGAAUCUCAAUGUAGUAAUCAGUGGGUGUUUCCAAACCAGGAUGGGCGUUUCUAAACUAUCCAAUGAAAGUAGGGAAUCUCAGUGGUUUGAAAAUGGCCACUGAUUGGGAAAAGCACAUUUUUGUUCUGCAGAGACAUAAGUCUCGGGAUAUUCGCAAAAUCAGAUCUGUCACAUGUGUAAACAGCAAAAAAAAACACAUAUUUGCUAGACUUUUAUGUGUGUUUCUAAAUCUGAUAUAUAUCUGAACAUCUAAACUACAUCUGAACACUCAUCCGAUUCGCCUCAUAUUUUUUAUCAUUAAUAUCCACUGUAAUGGAAGUAUUGUUUAUACAGUAUAUGUGCAUAUCUUACAAAGUAAUACUGGAGCUACAGGAUGUCAGCCCAUUUUGAAAUUUCAAGCAUGCAUUUUGCAAAGAGGAGAUGUAAGAGAUCUGAUUUCAGUCAUACUAUAACUCGGCUUUGGGAAGAAAAUGAAAGAAAAGAAAAAGGUGUAGUUACUGUGUCUUUGCAGGGCAGUAUGGCCCUACAUGUAUUGAAUGUUUCAUCUUUUUUUAAUCCAUGAAAAGCCAGUUGGAAAUUUCUAAGGUGCUUUAUUAACAUCAUUGUCAGUGCAGCAGUGAACUCCUCCGCCUGCUGCACCUUUUAGCGAUGACAGAUGUUCAUGCCAAAACAGCCUGAUGUGCUUGCAGUGCAUCUUUAGCCAACUAAAGGUACAAACCAGCAGAUCCCAUUGAUCCAAAGAGUUUCUCAAACAUUACACUUGCAGAGCAGUUUGGAAAUUAUGUAAAAGGAGAAAAAAAGGGGGGUUCGAGGCAGGGCGUGGCCAGCAACUGUCUGCAAGCCACGUCCCUUUUCCCCUGACUGACAGCCUGUAUUGUACCUCAGGGACAUGGACUUUUCAGAGGUGAAGAAGCAAAUACUGUGUUUCUGAGAGGGUGCUGCGAACACCAAACUUUACAGAAUGAUAAUGAUAUUGCUGUCAUCACUAUGGUAGCAUCAUUCCGUUGUCUGCCUCUGCAGUUUUUUGAUGCAUAUUUAAUCUGUUUUCUCGCCUAAGCUGUGCCUUGCUCCAGUUGUCCGUAAGCAGAAUCGUGUACUAGCUCGCAGUAUACCUUUGCCAAAGUUAUUGGGAAAGUACGGUAUCAUUCUUUUUAGGGUUAUUUAUAUACUAUCUGUUGUAUACAGUACUUUAAAUGGCAAUUAAAGUGCAAUCUUCCUUUAUUUAUUUUUCAAGAAAUUAAGAGAUGUAGUUAUGUACUAAUUUUUUUCUCUCUUGUAGCAUGUUUUUUUUCCUGGUUUUUAUUUGAUUUUAUUUUUUAUGUAUUGUAGAUUAACGAUUAAGGCCAGCAUUCCUUUCAUUCAUAAUUCUGAUUGUUUUCUUUUAUUAAUUUGGAACAGGUAGCAUGUACCAUGCUGAAUCAUUUAUAUAUAACCAAAUGCCUGUACAUUUCCUGUCAGAAAGUGCCGCAACUCCAGCUAAUUGUCUUUUCAUAGAGAACUGUAGCAAAUGUAAGCUUUUUGUAUUAUUUGUGAGUGUGUGAUGGGACAUACAGUACGUAGUAGCUACAUUUGAUAUUGCUAAAGAGUUUAAUGAAGCUUAUGUUAUCUUACUGUUUGCCAAAGCAGAGGCUUGUCCAAUUUAUUUUGCUUUUUGUUUGUUUAUUUAAAGGGUUACAUGAUAAAUCCUUUGACACUAAAAAUUGAUUUUCUUGAAAAGGAAAAACAUACUUUUUAGUCAAACUUAAUCUGUGAUUACACUUUCUUUUUUGUAGUGAAAAUUGUGCCAUUAUUUGAGUAAUCUUUCUGAGGUGAAAUUUUAUAUGAUAUUUCACAAUGAAAAGAAAAGCAAAGCAAUCAAACUGUUUUGAGGCAAAUUACAUUUCUCAUUUUCCUUUUUGUUUUUUUUUUUUUUUUUUUUUUUAUAUAAGACAUGACAUGGCGCAAUAGUGAACUUAUUCCAGUAUUUUUGCUAUGGAAUUAUAUACAAAGAUAUAUAGUAUGACAGCUAACAGAAAUGAAGCACUUUUUUAGCAAAACUUUAAUCUUUAUUAUUUUUUUAUCUUGAUUUAUCUUGAUGAAACUGUAUUUUCUAGUCAGUGUAAGAACUGUCAUAAAUAUUUCAAUAAAACUGGCCCACAAAAGCUUGAACAUAUUAAGUGGAAAGUCUGAAAGUCCACUGGUGUUCCUGUAUUGUUGGUGAUUUUGUUUUUUGUUUUGUUUUUUUGCGAUUAUAAGUAAUAUCCCAAUAUUACUUAUAAUGCCAAAAUAAUAAUAAUAAUAAUAAUCUGCCAACAGUACAGGAACACCAGUGAGUGCUGGAAAAGCUCUGACUCCUGACAAGUGAGUGCUGGAAAUAUGACUUAUGUUUUUCUUUUGUCUUUUGUUUCUCUCUCUCUCUCUCUCUCUCUGGUCCUUGUAAAAAAUUUAAAAAAAGAAAGAAAAACACAUGUUUGUGGCCCAAGUACAGUUUUGUAUUUUUAUAUUGUAUUUUAUUCUGUUUUAUCUGUUUAACUUGUUGCUUUAUUUUAAAUAUGAAAAUGAAUUUGAAAAUUAUGGUUUGAAGAUUGAUCAACUCUCAGAGUCCUCCCAAGAAAAAUGUAUAGAAACCGUAAGUAUAUUCCAAUGUUUUUCCAAAAAGUGUAUUUUACCUCACAGUUUAAAAAAGAAAAGGAAAAAUAUAUAUACAACUCACAAUUUAAAAAGAAAGAAAAGGAAAAAUAUAUAUACAGUAAAACAUUCCAGGCUUGACAUGAUCUACAACUUUUAAAGUAAUAUUUUUUUUUCUUAUAUUGUAAAUGUUAGACAAUUUCAUAUGCAUAUAUAUAAAAGAAACUGCCAUAUCAAUGUUAAUGUAUAGAUUUUUGCAAAUACUACCCUAUGUAUGUAAGACUUAAAUGUAUCUGUAGCGUAUAUGUAAUAUAUUUAUACCCAAUAAAUGUUUUAAUUUUUUCGGACAGA